AUGAAUGUUCCGAACAUAUGUGACGGUGCUGUUCAAAAGAUAAACAUUAUUAAAGAAUAUUUAUAUGAUAUAUUUUAUUAUUUGGAUGAACUAUAUGGUACUAUUAAUAUAUUAAAGGAGAAUAAUUCUUCAUGUAAAAGGAAUUGUCAAAAACACGAUGAAUAUAUAAAAAUAUUAAAAUCAUGUGAUUUUAGCUAUAACUCAAGUUUUAAAAAAGUAAUUGAAAAUGCUGAAUGUGAAUACAAUAUAUUAUAUUCUAAUGCAGUAGAAAAAACUCUAAUCGAAAUGCAUACACAUUUAGAAGUAUUAAAUUCGGACACAGGCUAUGUGACAAUACCAAGUUCAAAGACCGAAUUGUUGACAGGGACCAUCAUAAGGACAAACUCAACGACAAAGACAUUGAUAGACCCAUGGACAGAUAUUAAAAUAAGUGCAAUGGCUGACAUAAUGUCGAACACAGAGACAGGAGUGUUUAUUUUUUUAGCUAAAAUAAAAUAA